UCCAGAUUGCACUGGUAGGAAGACCCCCAGGAUGUCAACAGUUGCUCUGUAAUGUUCCAUUUUCAUCUGCAAGAUUAACCUCAUGCUGUCAUGGGGAGUUUAAUGAAUUUACUCCUAUGUUUGUCCACGCUGCAUCUUUCACUUAGUUUCGGUAUUAAUGAGAAUGCGUACAGGAGGCAACGGAUCCAAGCACAUAACAGGACCAGAGAUGCUACUUCUCGUACAGUUCGAGCUGUAAACCAACCAAUACCCGUCAACUGCAAACUGGGGCGCUGGUCAACAUGGACACCAUGUAACUCUUGCACAGACCAAAAGUUCCGUUUCCGAUAUCUGGAGACACCAUCACAGUUCGGCGGGACGCCUUGCUUGGAGACGUUGUGGGAAACGCUUGCAUGUCCAACGACGACUGAACAGUGUUUGGUGCCCGAUUACUGUGGGGAGAGCUUCACCUGUCAAGAAACUGGCCGCUGCAUCAGCCAGUCCCUUCGCUGUAAUGGAGAGGCAGACUGUGACGAUUUUUCGGAUGAAGAAGGUUGCGAAGGCUUCAACCGGAGGGACGACAAGUGCUCCACCCUCCUCACCAUUCCUGGUGCCGAGCGUGGCACUCAGGGCUACAAUACUUUGACUGGAGAAUUUGUGGAUCAUGUCCUGGACCCAAAGUACUUUGGAGGAAAAUGUGACUAUGUUUAUAACGGCGAAUGGAAAAAGUUCACCUAUGACUCGUUCUGUGAAAACCUGCGCUACAACGAUGACGAGAAAAACUACCGGAAACCUUACAACUACCAUGCCUACCGCUUUGUGGCAGAGGCGACAUCAGAGGGCACGCAGGAAUAUUACAGUAACGCGGUGAACCUGCUAAAAGCAAGGAAAACGAUGCGAUCCUCCAACGCCGGCGUCUCGGUCGGCAUCUAUUAUGUGGAAGUGGGACUGAGUGGAGGCAAGGAGUCUGAAUUUCUAAGGAAUAUAUCACAGCAUAGAAGCCAGGACCUCGGGUUCAUCAGGCUUUGGUCCAAAGUGGAAACAGCUCACUUCAAGAUGAGAAGCGAUCGGCUGAUGCUCCACGAGGAUUUCUACCUGUCGCUGAUGGAACUUCCAGAGCAAUAUGACUUUGGCACAUAUUCCCGCUUCUUCAACUCCUUUGGCACCCACUAUGUCACCGAGGGAGCAAUGGGAGGAACGCUGGAAUACGUGGUGGUGGUCAACAAAACAUCCAUGCUUGAAUCAAAACUUGAAUGGAAACAGGCCGGUUCAUGCAUAGGCGCCUCCAUUGGUUUAAGCACAUCAAUCGGCGCGUACACAACGGCAGGUCUCACCGCGGGUGGCGAAUUAUGUAAAAAAGGCGGACCCUUACUACAUGUCACAGACAAGGGUUCCGCCGUAAUUAAGGACGUUAUCACGCUGGUGAAGGGGGGUCUGACAGACACCAGCAGUGGCUUGGUGGUCAUCAGGGAUCCUGAAACCUAUCGCAAGUGGGGGGCAAGCCUUAAAUACAACCCGACAGUCGUUGAACAGGAGAUCAUGCCAAUCUAUGAGCUUGUGCGCCUCAGCACAGCAUCGGAUCACGUCGGAGCCAGACUGGCCAAUCUCCAGAGGGGACUGGAAGAGUAUCAGCAGCAGUUCAGCUCUUGUCGCUGCGCCCCCUGCAGGCACAAUGGGAUCCCCGUGCUCACUGGAACAUCCUGCAGCUGCAUCUGUAAGCCAGGCUACCAAGGAGAAGCCUGUGAGGACACUCGUCGAAGCGGAACUGGAACGGACGGGUCGUGGUCCUGCUGGGGACUUUGGUCCGCUUGUACAUCAGGGAGGAAACAGCGUACUCGAGCCUGUAAUAAUCCGCCACCUGAUGGAGGCGGAGCUACGUGCUUAGGCUCCUCCUCUCAAUCUCAGCGCUGUUGAAAUACAGCCGAACCUCGUCACGACGUAGGGACGUAACGAAUCCGUACGUUACAACGGUAGUUCGUUGUAACCAUUUCAAACAAAAUGGCCGCCAUCUACAAUGUAUAAUAAUAAAAAAAAAAUUUAAAAAACACACCAUGCCCGUGCCUCCAUGAGAAAGUACAACAAUGUACUGAGUCGAUUGGGAGUGAUGCUACACAACGGAGCGGAAUCCCACGCUGUACAUUUUGUUCAUAAGCAAGGCCACGGCGGCAGUUAGCU